ACAAUCACUUAAACUCUACAGGCUGAAGCAUUCAAGUGCUUUCACUUAUCUGGUUCCUGUUAGUUAGCUGUCCUAUUCAUUGCUUUUUUAAAAACCUUAUAAUAAAGCCUAUAAUAUGGCUGUGUUCAUGCGUUGCUAGCCAGACAAGCUGGUAUUGGAUGGUAUAGUGGUACCUUAGGAUGGUAAGGUACAGUAUUUAGUGAUCUGUAAUACUGGCAACUGCACACUAGUACCAGUAAUCAUGAAAGAGAAACAAUCAGGGGAAAGCUUGCCAGCUGAGCCUAGUGACCAGGACCAAGUAGAUUCAGAUACUGAUGAUGCUGAAAUUAAGGGUGCUAAUUCAUGUAGGAAUCGGGUGGGAUUUUUCAUCCUGGGCUUGAUUACAUUUCUACCUUACACAGUUGUCAAUUGUGCAUCAAGAGACAUUGCUAAAAACUUUGAUAAAGAAAACCUUAUAGGUACUAUAUUUGGAGCCAAUAUUUCUGCCUCAAUUAUAAUGAAAUUACUGAAUACAUUUGUACUCCUGAGAGUACCAUAUGGAAUUCGUUUUUUUAUCAAUGGUAUUAUUAUGGGAUUAGGAGUGUGUGGUUUAGCUUAUGCUUCCAAGUUUGCUUUUGCAUUAAGCUCAGUCGUGUUUGUAGGUGCUAGUGCAGCUUUUGGGGAGAACAUUGCUCUGGGAUAUCUAUCUCGUUAUGACAGUCGGCUGGUGAAUGCAUGGUCUAGCGGUACAGGGUUUGCUGGUCUAGUGGGUUCAGGACUAUACGUUAUAUUUGGUUGUGCCGCUAUUUUAAAAGGAAAAGAAAAGAACUUAAUUCAUACACUAGACAAAUAUGCUUUUCUAUCAAUGGUACCAGCCAUUGCACUCUACUGGGUUGCAUACCUGUAUAUCAUUCAGCAAGCUGGAAAUCCACGAACCCUACGAGAAUACCAGGCGUCUGCUACAGAAAACCAUAGCGCCAUUAACGGCAGGGUGAAGCAGGGCCAUAGACCAAGCUUAGAUACUACAAAUGCCAUUUUAUACCAUCAGUGUGACUCAGAAACAUCAAGCACAACAACAACAGAUACAAGUUUCCUUGAAUCUUGGCACGAGCAGAUAAGGCCAACGGUACGAAGAACAUUCAUCUGCCUAAAGAAAAUAUUAUGGCUAGCAGUAAAUUUAUGUUUGUGUACUUUUUGCGAAUACAUGAUUCGCAUAUCAUCAUCUAGGGUACGAAAUAUUAAAGAGUACGACAAAACCUGCCCCGAGUUGUAUGCAUCGAUGCAACUGUGUUAUCAGGCCGCCAUGUUUUCCUCUAGGUCAUCUGCUCAAAUCUUGCCCAUUAGAAAAAUUGGAAUUCUGACAUUUAUUCAAGUCGUCAACAUGUUAGUAUGGGUCAUUGAUAUCAAGUACAAAUAUUUGCCAGUGUCAGUGUUGCCUGCUUAUAUGAUAGUAGUGGGUCUACUUGGUGGCGCUGUUUAUGUGAAUGUGUUUUACAUGCUAAUGCAUGAUCCCAAGUAUCCUCGAGAGGACCGAGACCUCUGUACAAAUAUUGCUGCCAUCUUUAUAACUAUGGGCAUCAGUUUUAGCUGUAUAACACUGACGGCUCUCUUCAACUCAGUAUUAAAGGAGGAGAAGUCAGGGUUAUUUUAAAGUGUUGCAGCAUAUCAGACGAUUUUCCCAUCAACCUACCAGUGAGCGAAAAUUUGAUUUUCUUUUUCUUUUGCUUGAAGUGGAGCAAUACAAACAACUACAAUGUAAAAAAUUCUGUUAAAUUAUUUUCUUUCCCAUUUUACAAAAAGCAUUCAUAAUUAAAAUUGCCUAAUUUGAGGUAUUAUCAUUUAAUUGAAAAUUAGAACAAGAAGUAUUUCCCACUUUUAACAUAUGCUUUAAUUGUGUAGACCCUAAAAUUUGCCAGUAAGAAUUUUAGCAUUACAAGAUAUGUAAAAUAACAAAAACUUAAUUGUUUUCAUGUGAGUUUCAUUUGAAUUUCAUUAUAUUUUUACCCAAUUAAAAAAGAAACUGAAUGUUUUAAUUGAACUUUGCGGGUUAUUUUGGAUUUUAUCUCGGGAUAGUAUAAAGUAUCUUAGAGUAAUCUUGUUUAUAGAAGUGUCCUACACAAAGCAAUAGAGUUGUUUUUUUUUUCAAAGCGUAUAUAGAGGCCAACUCGCGUAAUAUAAGACAGCCCAUAGGAAUUUAAAUCGUCCGGUUGUCGUGAGGAUAUUAAACAUGUUCAGUAUUCUACGAUGUGACUGAGUCUGAUGCAGACCUUUUGAUUGCACAAUUAACAUUUAUAAAGUUGAUUCUCAUAAGUAUUUUUAUAUAGCUUAACUAGUAGAAGUGUCAGAGUUUCUCUAUUCUAAAGUCACUAUCAUGUUGAGCCAUAUCAGUUCAAUAUGAUAAGCAGUACAAACAGCAAAAUUAACCUUGUUUUCAUGUAAGUAUAUGAAUGCAUAUCUACAAUGCAUAUCCUAAAUAAACAGAUUACUAUCAUCUUUCAAAUACAUUGUUCAAAAUAUGACCUAAGCCUUGUCUAGAUUAUCAAAUUGUUGUAUACCCAUAGUCAUGAUGUGCCUAUAUAUGGUCAUGAUGUGCCUAUAUAUGGUCAUGAUGUGAUGUCAUCAUGACCAUAUUUAGGCAUGUCACAUGUUUUUGUCAAAUAAUAUUUGAUAAUCUGGACAUAACUUUACAUUGGGCUGAAAACAGUGAAAAUAAUGGACAUUUCUGGAGUGGCAAUCAAACUUAACUGACCAAUCAGAACAGCGCCAGAAAUAUGUGUACGUCUCAGAAACACGUGUUGUCCCACAAGCCCACGUGUUCGCGUAUGUUGUAACACUGUCGUCUUGUGGGACCUUGGCAACAAUAUCCAAUGGGCGGGGCUUAGCGAAAAGGUCGAUUGUGCACAAGUGCUUGUGACUGGUAAUUAAUGUACCAGAUCUACUUAAUGCAUUUUGAUGUAAUUUUAUAUAAUCAAGAUGAAAGACAGGUGCUUUAUAUUUUUUAAAUAGUAUUUUUUUGUAAUCAUUAUGAGCUUUAUAUUGAUUGAAAAAUGCUGAGAAUACAUUAGAGAAUUAUUUGAUAUUUUUUUUAAUAAUUAAUUUUUUAGAAGUGCAAUUUUGAUAAAAAUAAAAAUAUAGACUAGAUAUCAGUGUUAUUAUUUACUCAACUAUGACCUCAGGCAAUGUGGAUUAAUUUUAGAAUUUACAAUGUUACUGAAUAAUGUGUACUUGUGUGCAUGUUUUUAUAUUACUAUCUCAUUUUUCCAUCUCAGAUAUUUCCUCUUUUAAUACUAUUUUGUCUGUUGCAUGCUUUUAGUAGCUUGAUCAUAUCUUAUUAGAUUGAAUCUAUGCUAUCAAAUAUUUUAUUCUAAUUGGAAUGGAAUUAGAUUUUAAUGUUGUAUAUUUAUAUAUGUUUGUAAUACCGUAUACGAUGUGCUUUUUAUAAUUAAGUUGAAUUUUACUUAUAUUUUAUUACUUUUCUUCAUUGAUACAUCUAGUUACAUACAGGUAUAUAUCUGUUUCAAUCAUGACUUCAUUUUAUAAACAUUCCAUUAAAAUAGUAUUGAAUCAUGAUAUAGAGUAGAUUACCUAUACAGAAUAUCUAGAUUAUUAUUGAAAAUAUUGUGUACCGAAUAAAGAUGAAAUCCCACAGUA